CAGCGAGCCUCCCGUGAACCCUCAAGCAACGCGAUUGGCUGAAAUCAGAGCGCAGAGUAUACGAAGAGUGGCAAAUCUCUCCUUCGUUUAACAACGUACGGUCCAGACGCAGUGGGAUGAACAGAGUGAAGUGGGCCUGCUGACUGGGCUUCAAAACACAUAAUUGAUACAUGGCAUCAAUUUUCUACCUGGGCAUAUCUCAAUAACGUCCGGUUGUACGGGAUCAAUCCAACAAUCAUUGAAACGAGCUCGCAUUUCAACCCGGAUUUACAAUCUAUUUGCGAAAAUGGAAUCAAGUACGGCCCGGCCUCAAGAAAGCAAGACUGGGCGAGAACAGCCUUCACAAUAUCUUGAAGGCUCGGACUCUUCUGCCAGAAGAGAUACGAAUGACAAGUUGCAAGAGCAGACCACGAUUCAUUCUCGACGCUCCCAGUUAUCUCCUCGGCCACAGCGUACGGUUAAUGGUGAUCACCCGCUAACAAGCCGCCUGGAGACCGAAUUACAAUCAUCACGAGCAUAUCGACGUGCAUCAGCAGUGGGCCACGACGAAAUCUCGACCUCAUCACAGCGGAACAGACAACGGAGAAAGUCUCACGUCGAUGUCUCAGAUCCGAACUUCUGCAACCCGCAAGAUGGCGACGAUCCUCGCAUCGCAAUGCUGAGGGAGUUUGCGAAGUCCAAGUUGUAUGUCGACAACGAUUUUUGGGGCAGGGAGACGUGCGUGCUGGAUGAGGAAGAAGUGCGAGAGCCACCGAAGCUAGUCAGAUGGUUGAAGGGAAAGGUGUCUUCCCAUCAUUUCAAAGGGACAGAAAUGAGGGGAGAGGCCGGCGAAUGUGGUAACUUCCAACGGCGAACUUCAGAGAGCGGAGAUAUUCAAGAGAAAUAAACUAGACCGAGAGGGAUCGCUGCUUAAGUGCUUCAUCAUUGCGAACUAAUUUCGACAUUUCGGUUCGGAAUAACGCCUCUGGCCUACAACGCAUUUUUUUUUAACGAAGUAUGCGCGCAUUGAGCAAGUUCAAAGUCCAUUUCGUCACCACUUUUUUC